AUGUUGGAUAUAAUUGCAAGACUUCCACCAAAAAAUGUUGCUCAAUGUAAGCUUGUCUGCAAGGAGUGGUUAGAUUUCAUUUUAGAUCGUAAGUUUGUAAGGGCUCAUUGUCAUUACAUGCGUGCAUCGGCUGAUCAAAAAUUGUUGAUGGUUGGUUGGAAGACUAUCGAAGUACAUUCCUUAAAUUAUAAGUCCCCGGGAUUUAUUGUACCAAGAGGUGUUGCCCGCCCGUUCUAUGCUCAUCCUUCUAGAAUGUUUUUUUUGGCAAGUUUGGAUGGUAUGUUGUGUGUUUGUCUGCAAAACACUUGUGAGUUGGUUGUUUGGAAUCCAUUGACGACUAAGUUCAAGAAGUUGGCAAAUUCUAAUUCGCAAGGUUUCUACAAAGUUGAUAGAGAUGCUCUAGGAUUUUUUGUUGACUCUUCUGAUGAUUACAACAUUUUACAUAUUAAACGUAGACGAGGUACAAUGACCGUUUAUAUUUAUUCGAUGGAGUUGAAUUCAUGGAGUACUGUACGCUUCCUAAAACACCGUCCGUACCACCAUUAUACGUACCUUUGGUCGCCAGCAACUUUGUGUGGUGGUGGUUUGUAUUUUGUCGUUACCCAAUGUCGUGGUCGUUCAGAUGGAUUGUCGGUUAUUCGUUUUGAUGUGAAUUCAAAGUCGUUUUCUGAAUUGUGUUUCCCCAAUGUAUAUGACGAUGAAGUUAGUGGAAGUUUAGUUAACAUAAACGAGGAGCUUCAUAUGUAUGUUUGUAUCGGAAACUAUGACUAUAGACGAGAAAUUAUAUAUGUAUCUGAAGGUGUUGAUAUGAGUGCACCUAUAUCAAAUGAUUCCGAUUCAAUUUCUUCGGUCCCUUCGCAUGAGACGUCAGCAUCUACACGUGUUGAAUGUCGUAGGGGCCGUGGACGUAUGGGCCGUCCUCGAUUGCGGGAGCGACUUCCUGUUGUGACGCCUGAUGUUGCAUCCUCUCAACGGUGUUCUUACGUUGGUAGUUCUAGCAGAAGUGUGGUACGCUAUAUGCGUAUGUCAAAUGAAAAUGUGCAACCUUCUCCGAUCCCUUCAGUUUCGGAUUCAUUUGCGGUUAUACGUACCACUCAGGAAAAUAUAUCUUCUAAUGCAACGACUGAAGUAGGGCGUAGACGGACGGGCCAAAUGGGUCGUCCUCGAUUACGUGAUCGCCCUUCUGAUUUAACAAGUGAGGCUACAAGUACUCAAAGACGUUGCAAUGUUGAUCGUAUCAACAGAGGUGUUGUGCAUUAUACCAGUAGAACAAAUGGAGCUGCGCAAUCUUCAUUAGGUUCAACGGUUUCACAAACAUCUGGAUGUCUACAUUCGAAUCAAGUUGAAGUACCUUCCCGUGCAAGUGUCUUUCAAGACGAAAAUAGAUAUUGGCGAUGUCCGUCGUAUUGGGAUAUCGGUGAUGCAAACCAUAGUUGUGUUCAUUGUGGAGCUAUGCUUUGGUAUGAGGAACGAACUAUAAAAAGUUUAACUCCUCGUGUUCCAAGUUUUUCAUUAUGUUGUAGUGAAGGAAAGGUUUGCUUGCCAUUUCUUCGACAUCCUCCUCAAACAUUGGGUCGUCUUCUUGAUUACAAUGGGGAAACACGAUCUCGCGUGUUUAGAGAAAACAUAAAGCUUUUAAAUGCGAUGUUUGCAUUUACCUCAACCGGUGGGAGAAUAUCUACGGAUUUAAAUGAUGGUCGUGGGCCUUAUACAUUUCGUUUGAAUGGCCACAACCAUCAUAAUAUUGGAUCAUUGUUGCCUAUGCAUCCUGAUGGACGCCCUAGAUUUGCUCAAUUGUACGUUUAUGACACGGAAAAUGAGAUUGAUAAUCGCUUUUAUGCUUUGCGAAAUUGUGUGUCACCAACGUCUGAUCAAGUCAUCCUGCGCACAUUAGUGAAUGACUUGCUGUUGAUGCUUGAUGCGAACAAUGCAUUAGUGCAGGCUUUUAGGAUGGCACGUGAAAGGUUUAAUGACAACUCAAUGCAACGUCUUACGCUUCGCUUGCUUGGUACGCGAAAUAGAAGAGAAGGACAAUAUUCUUUGCCUACUGUUCCUGAAGUGGCUGCACUGAUUCCAGGUGAUGGAAAUCCUACGGACUCACGUGAUAUUAUUAUUGAAGAACGUGGUAGUCGUAGUGCAAAGCGUAUAUCUGAAUUGCACCCAAGUUUUAUGGCGUUGCAGUAUCCUUUGUUGUUUCCGUAUGGAGAAGAUGGAUUCCAUCUUAAUAUUCCUCUAUGUAAUAUAUCUCCAUCAAGUAGGCGGCAAUCGGUUUCAUUAAGAGAAUAUUAUUCUUACCGUUUACAACUUAGGAGGAAUGAAGGUAAGACAUUACCCAAAUCUGGCCGUUUAUUUCAGACGUAUGUUGUGGACUGUUAUUCAGCUAUCCUUGAACAUGAGAUGAAUUGGUAUAAACAAAACCAAAACACUAUUCGUUCGGAUUUGUAUAAUGGUUUAUGUGAUCGUAUCGCUGAUGGUGAAACAAGUUGUGAAGCAGUUGGUCGACGUGUUAUCCUGCCAGCUACAUUUGCCGGUGGGCCAAGACAUAUGAUUCAACAGUAUCAGGAUGCAAUGGCUAUUUGUCGUUGGGCUGGGGCUCCGGACCUUUUUAUUACUAUGACAUGCAAUUCAAAAUGGCCGGAAAUUACCCGACACAUUCAAGCAACAACCCCUGGUAUGAGUGCGUCCGACCGCCCUGACAUUGUUGCCCGUGUUUUCAAAAUUAAACUUGAUGAACUUAUCAAAGACAUAAGGAAAAGGAAUAUUUUUGGACACACGAAAGCAGUUAUCUAUACAAUCGAGUUUCAGAAACGAGGACUUCCACACUCUCAUAUUCUGCUUUUUUUACAACCUGAAGAUAAGAUAAAUACGGUUGACAAUAUCGAUAAAUAUAUAUCUGCGGAGCUUCCUUCGGAGGUGGAAGACCCUAUAGCUUUCGCUAUUGUUCGUUCACAAAUGAUGCAUGGUCCAUGUGGUUUGCUCAACCCUUCAAGCCCUUGUAUGCAUAAUGGUGUAUGUAGUAAAGGGUACCCAAAGAAUUAUUGUGAGGAGACAUUCAUCCGAAAUGAUGGUUGGCCGUGUUAUAAGAGGCCCAAUAAUUCAAGAGUUGUUAAAGUUGGUUCUCAAGAUAUUAAGCUUGAUAAUCGGUAUGUUGUUCCGUAUAACCGUGAAUUGUUGGUGAAAUAUGGUUGUCACAUUAAUGUGGAGUGGUGCAACCAAGGGAUGUUAGUCAAGUAUCUUUUUACUUAUAUAAACAAAGGUCCAGAUCGUGCAACUGUGGUUUUGGAAGGUGCUCAAAAUAGGACAACGUUUGCGUCCUUAUUACAUAAUGAAAAUGAAAUUGAGGAAUAUUUAAAUUGUCGGUAUAUAUCUUCUAUUGAGGCAUGUUGGAAGAUUUUUGAAUUUGAAAUGAAGUACCGUGAUGUUGCUGUUGAGCGUUACCUUUUCAUGAGGAAGGGUGUAAUAGAGUGUAUUUUCAUGAUAAUGAUGAGGUUGAGGAAGUUGCCCAACGUGCUACGGCUAGCAUGUCAAAAUUUACUGAAUGGUUUCGUGCAAAUGAAAGGUUUCCGCAUGGUCGUUCUUUGA